UGUGUAUAUAUAUAUAUACAUCUUAAAUAAUUGUAUGUAUUUAGUAAUGAACUCUGUUAGGCAAUGGUAUACAGUAUUGGAGACAGUGUGGGUGUGGUGUGUUGGUCUUUGAGAAAAUUGAUUGGCCAUGUGAUGAUUCACUCUCCUGCCUGUUGACAUCAUCACCAGGAUCCUCCCUCCCUCUUCCUCCCUCCGCCUCCAUCGUCCAUCCUCCUCCUCCUCCUCCUCCUCCUCUUCUUCUUCCUACCGGUACUCCGUGCGCCUCAGCGCGGCGAUGGUGGACUCCGGACCCGGCGAGGCCACGACGACGACGUCGUCGAGGAAGCCCUUCUCGGUACCGGAGAUCCCCCCACUAGACCGCUGCGACUUCGGCCGCGCCAAGAUCCGCGCCAGCGUGCGUUGGCUGCUGUGCAAAUCUUACGGCUGUGCAGAAAAUGUGCCGGUGGAGUUGCGGGAGCCGCUCUAUCAGGACCAGUAUGACCAAGAGCACCUCAAACCGGCCGUCUCCAAGCUGCUCCUCUCCCCGGAGAUCUACUGCCGAGCUCAGGCCUUGCUUGCGCAGACACACGGGGCCCCCUCCUCGGCCUCGCAGGACUCGCCCUGUGACAACUGCGCCUUGCUGCACUUCCUCACAAAGAAAGGUGUGGCCCCGCAAGUCCAGGAUGUGGACGUCACCGAGGACGACCUCAGAUGCACCCCCAUCAAGAUGAAAGCCCACCUGGCCCUGAUGGACUCGAUGAUGUCACUGGCCAGCAGGGAGAUCGUGCACAGGGUGAAAAUAGCGGCCGAAGCUGAGCAGAUGGGCGUCGGAGCGCCCUGGGAGAAUGCGCUGCUCUUCUGGGUCAACAGGUUGAACCAGAAGCUGAGAGAAAGCACCGAGGAGGAAGAGACACCCAAGCCGCCGCAGCAGAUCACUGACCCCCAGCACUCCCAGGAAACGCAGGGCCCGCCCACCCGUUGGUAUUGGAAACUCGUCCCCCAUGCUAUCGCUUUUUGUUUGAAGGAGUCGGGGAACAAACCUCCAGUGAUCCGCUACAGGAAGGACAAAGUGCAGUCCAAGCUGACUCCCACCUUCCCUCUGGUCACCGCGGUCAAAGAUUUGUCUAAUGGCUGUGCUAUAGCUGCUGUGCUACACUUCUACUGCCCCGGCGUGCUUCCACUCGAGGAUGUAUGUCUGAAGGACACCAUGUCAGUGGCCGACAGUCUUUACAACCUGCAGCUGAUUAAAGAGUUUUGCGAGAGCACUUUGCAGAGCUGCUGCCUCCUUCGCCUGGAAGACCUUCUCUAUGCUCCGCCUCUUCUGCAUCUGAACAUCCUGAGUUUUGUCGCCGAGCUGCUGGAGUGGUUCGAGGUCAAGAAGCCUGAUUUUGUACAACCGAUACAAGCCAUUGACCUCACAGAUAUUUCGGGUGUCGUGUUUUGUACGAGUCCUGUCAGUGGGAACAGCAACAGUGGAUCUCCUUUGUUCGUCUUCAAACAACCUUUUGUGACCGCCCCCUCCCCAGUAUCACCGGAAAACAAAAGUUGGACAAAGAAACAAAUCAGUCGUCCUCUGUCCGCAGUGACUUUCAGCAUCCCAUUUGGGCUGGACAGUGAUGUUGAUGUUGUCAUGGGCAACCCAAUAGAUUCUGUCUUUCGCUCUGUCAGCACGGACAGCCCGGGCGCCGGCAUCCCCGCACCGACUUCGCUGGCGGGGAUGACUCGCGCACCCUACAGCCCCCCGGAGGACCUCAGUCACCUGGUCAGCGCUUCGGCACCAUCGCAGCGGUCUUCUUGGGGGCCCUAUGCGCACCCGCCGCCUCUGGGAGAGCUGCCCGCCGUUGAAGAGGCAUUACACGCGGCCCCCGCCAGUAAGGAUCGAAACAAGGGAAGGACCGCAGAGAAAGAUGUGAAGGGAGUUUUGACAACAAGACCAGAACCUAGGUUAUGUCCCGAGGGCGCCCCUGCCGGUUUCUUCCUGCACUCCCCGUUGGAGGAGACCCCUCAGCUCAGUAGUUCUGUCCCUUGCCACUCGGGAGUCAUUUAUCGGCCGGUAGGUGGAGAAGCGAGUAAUAACGAUGGGAGGAGUCAGAGGAAGGAGAGGCAAUCGCGGGCAACUGACAGGUCACGUGACGACGACUCUGUCUUGCGAGACGGCAGCGUUGACUCAUCGGAGGCAUCCGACAACGCCCCCAGAAACGCCCCCGGUAAUAUGCGACCCACUAAAAAUCAUCACGGACACAACAGCGCCAACGGCAGCCCACGCAUGACAAGCUUUGCGGAGCGACGGGAUAACAGAAGAAGACAUCCCGUCGCUUCUGGGGAAGACUUUACCACUCCUCUGACUCCGACGACCCCGGGAACGCCGCACGCUCCCUCCACGCCAGCAGGAACUCCCGGUCAGAAGGAUAGCCCUGGCCUCAGAGGUCCCGAGCCGGGUUCGGAGGCCUGGGAGCUGGGAGCUCGCCUGGAGGAAAAACGCAAAAGCAUCGAAGCCCAAAAGAAACGAAUUGAGGCCAUCUUUGCCAAGCACAGACAGAGGCUCGGAAAAACGGCUUUCCUUAAAAUGAAACGAGAACAAGGGGAGGGUUGGGGAGAGGGGACGGAGAAGAAGAACCUCUCUCUGGAGGAGCGCCUCACUCUCAUGGAGGAGCAGCUGAAAAAGGAGGACGAAACGCAAAAGGCAGAAAGGGAGGCGGACAAGGAGAAAGCCAAGCCGUCCGUCUCCGAGCCUCCGCGGCUGGAGAAGCAAGUCACAUUCUCGAUGGACGGCAAAACGGGACAAGAGAAAGAAAAGGCGUCGGAGAAAGAGAAAGGAGGCGAUGCCAUUCUUGUGGAGUAUAAUGAAAUUGUCCAGAAACUGAGUGAAGCUUUGCAGUCACUGCAGAAGGACAUGCAGAAAUUAACGGAACAGCAGCAGCAGCUUCUGGGCAACCAAAGACCAAGAAGCUCCCAAAAAGUCACCCCAAAGUCAAAACCCAAAGGUAACACCAAGGCGCUCGCCAAAACCCCUCCUCCCACACCCGCAAAGACACCCCCAAGAACCCCGACCAAGAAUCCGGCCACGAGUACCGGCAAAGCCUGGAUGAUUCCACCCGGUCCCAAAACUUCCUCGGUGUCGUCGCCGUCCCGACGGAGCCACACUCUCUCUGCGGCGACUUCGCCGAAAACAAUCGUCUCCUCCUCCUGUCCGGCCCCCCGCACCAAGAUCCACAUCUCGUCAGCCCCCCGCAGUCCCAAACACCAACCGAGAACGCAAACACACCCGCGACCCUCGGAGCUCAAGUUUCCCCCUCUCAGUCGCGUUUUGACUCCGACUCACACCGUGGAUACCCUCCCCCACUUGCGAAGGGUGUCGCCCAGCAAGUGUCAAGUGCAGACGACGUCGUCCUUCCGCAUCGGCGGACUUCGAACUCCCCAGGAGGUUUCUCAGCCCGCGCCGCAGCCCGAUGACAGCGCCUCAGACACCGCGUCCAGUGAGACGCCGACCCAGUUUAGCCUGGAGCUCGAGCAGGACGAUGCCGAGGCGGCCGCGGCGCCCGUGCCGCCUCUCCCGAGGGCCACGAGCGGCAGCAGCUCCGGAGCGCCGUCGGAAUGCUCUUUUGAGAGCGAGACGUUAUCAAUUUCUGCCGCGGGACAGGCCGGAGGGAGAGCCGGAGGUGCCGAGAAGCACUGCAGUAUGAUUGAGGUGUCGCUCUCCUCCCUCGGAGGACCGGAGGAGGGAGGCGGUGACGAACCAACGGAUGAGGGGCAGGACUUUUCAUCCGACUCCAUGAGUGACCAACUGGAAUCUGCGGCCGAGCCUGGACCCGUCAUUGCUUCCGGUGCCGCGGCGCAGUUGGAUUCAGCCACAGAAGCCGGGAACUCUUCAAAACCGCAAACGGAAUCCAGUGGCGGCCGAGCGAAAACCGAUCCCGCAGACCCACUUGAAGAAAACGGCGAGCUUGGAGCCAGAGGAGGGAUAGGAUUCUUUUUUAAGGAGGAUGUCGACAAUGAAGAGGAGAUGGCCCAACGGAAAGCUCUCCUCUUGGAGAGGCAGCAAAGGAGAGCCGAGGAGCUGAAGAGGAGGCGACAGGAGCAAGAACGUGAAAAAAAAAUGGAACCUUCAGACAAGACCGCCUCCUCUCCUGCGAACACACCUCCUAUCGGAAACACCUCACCCUCUCCCACUCCUCCGGCCACUCCAGCCCGACGUGGAGAUUUCACGCGAGCCGAAUACGCCCGGCGGCAGCAGCUGCGGAUCAUGGACGACCUGGACAAGAUGCUGCAGCAGAAAUCAACCAACCAGGGACGAUCACCCGUCAGGAAGACGCGAACGCGGGCACGGCCUCGCAGCGUCACCAGGGAGGAAACGAAGCUGUCUCUGAGCCCCGCCAAAAACGCCACCCCCCCGAAGAUGACCAAGUCUCACUCGUCACUCAACCUGGCCGCGACAGAUGUGGCGGGAAACGAUGACGGCGAUAAGAAAAUCCAAAGCCGACCCGAUUCGCCUGCUGGAUGCGUGACGCCGAGCAGAUUUGCAAAACACAAUGGAGACUGGGAGACCGGUUCAAAUGGAACCCCGCCUGCCCUGGAAUACACAGGUCCAAAGCUCUUCAAAGAACCGAGCUUCAAGUCCAACAAGUUCAUCAUCCAUAACGCUUUGUCUCGCUGCUGCUUGGCCGGAAAGGUCAACGAGCUCCAAAAGAACAAGAUUGUCGAGGAGAUGGAGAAGAGCCCCGCCAACCACUUCCUCAUCCUCUUCCGGGACGCCAGCUGCCAGUUCCGCGGCGUCUACACCGCUAACCCUGAUUCCGCGGAGCUCGUGCGCUUGGCCGGUGUGGGCCCCAAGACGAUAAACUCGACCCAGGUGGAGUCCAUGUACAAGUACAGCUCAGACCGCAAGCAGUUCAGCGCCAUCCCAUCCAAGACCAUGGGCAUGAGCGUGGACGCGUUUACCAUACCUGGACACCUGUGGCACUGCGGAGGGGGGGCGGCUGCAGCAGGAGGAGGAGGAGGCAGCAGGAGGGCAAGCGUCACGAAAAAGGUGCUCGUUUCCAAGUGAACCACACCUUUGCAUAUUGUUGACAUAUCGGAUUUGACCCUAAGGGUCUUUGCAGUGCAAUUCUCAACCCGUCGAGUUUGUCAAAUGCGAAUAGUUUCUUUCAACGGCAGAGUUCGAAGUCGACUGAUUUCAAAGGAUAGCCGAGCCAAUAUAAGACGUCCCGGGCUAGCUUAUAUCCAUCCAUCCAUUUUUUUUCCCGUUCGGGUUUCAGGUGAGCUGGAGUCUUGGGUGUGAUGCCCCCAACAACUGACAACUAUUAAUAAUAAAUUGCUUAUAUGUUGAUAUUGUCGAUGUUUUCUAGCUAUGCAAAUAUGCAAAUACAACACAGUGUUGUCAUGAGAUAUGACUGACCCGAAUUUUUUGAGAUACGAGCCAUCAAUCAGCCUUUUUUUUUUUUGCUUUGACUUGUGAACGAUGCUCAUUUCAACUUAUUUCGCAAGAAGCAGCAGUUUGGUCGAUGCAGAACAUUUUAUCUGGUGCCAAAACAUGUGAUACGACUGACUUUUUGUGGCGAACACAUAAAGGGGAAAGUUGCUUCUUCUGCUUAGGAAAUGUUAGGAAUAAAUUUAAUAUUAUUUUUAACCACAGCUCGACUGAUAACCUGGUAAGCCAAACUCUUGAUAAUGUAAAUGCUCUGCAGUGGGCUCAAUUAAAAAAAAAAAUGGAGCAUGCUGUAUUUAGCCCACGCACCAUAUUUUGUCCACCCCUCCACCAGAAAAUAUGUUUAUAUUUGUUUGGGACAUCAAAUACAUCUGAGGUGAAUGGUGGUUGCCUGUGUGUGUGUGUGUGUGUGUGUGUGUGUGUGUGUGUGUGUGUGUGUGUGUGUGUGUGAGAGUGAGAGAACGAAAGAUCUAACUAAUGUACGUUUAUGCCCCCCCACCUCCCCCCCAAAAAAUGAAAACGUGAUGUUCCUGGUUGCAAAAUGGAGCCGAUUUUGUACCUUGAAACGAAAGGACUUUAGCAUUGUGCUCCUUUGGAGUGCACAUGAAUAAAGUGGUGCUUUACAAAAAGGACUUUCGUGUGUUAAGUGACGGAUUAAACUCUUCUUCAAUCAAAA